UUCUGAUCACUAGCCCACAGCUUUAACCACUGAGCCAUAAGUCUUUAUAAGAAAUCGAGAUUUUUAUGACGUGGGAAUAAGAAGAGAAGAUACACAAUGAAUAAAGUAUGGGGGCAUCUAAAAGAGAAGACAUCAGUAUUUAUACAUUUUAUACUAUUGCUUCACGUUAUUUUUUUUAGUUGCCAAUGAGUUGAAGCAGAUCUCUCAGAUGUGGCAGGAGAUGAGCCAGCACCACAAGACAACUUGUCUGGAGCUGCGAUGUGACAUUGAGGAUAAAUAUAGAGGGAGCUCCAUUAUUCAGGGUAUGGUGGCUCAUAUGCACAAACAAUAUGGACCACUAUGGGUUUCAGAAGACUGCACCUACCAGACUUACCCACCACCUUCACUACACUCUCUUCUAAAGCUAGUACUGGUCCCUUAUACAGACACCACAUCUGCCCUAGCCAUUAUAAUGUAUUUUGUUCUGGAUGUGUCUAACAUGCAGUGUAAAGGUGACCUCCUGGAGUCUUUCUGUCAUACCUUUAGCAUACCAUCCAGCUUCUCCCAACAGAUCUAUGGAUUGUGGCUCCUAGACCAUGGCUUUGUAUCUAAUUCACUUGGAAAGCUUUUGAGCCCAGAGAGCAGUUCAGCAUGGUUAUCAUGUCACAGUUAUGCUGUGUUAAGGACCUUGCUGAGACAGGGGCAGAGACAAGCAGCACUGAAGUACCUUUACUACACCAAGCCUGCUAUAGAGAAUACUCAGGAUGCCAGACUGUAUGUGGAUGUGCUCAUACAGAACAAGUAUAUGAAAAUAAAUCUUAUUGACUGCCAUAUAAGUAGGUGUCAUUAUAAGUAGGAUUUAAACCAUGGUAUCCUCAUUACAUCUUAUAUUCCAGAAAACAUAUAAUAGUGUGCCAUAUUAAGAUUGAGCUAGAUCAGUCAAGUUUUCUUUUUUGUGUCAUUUGGAUAUAUUCUUUCAGCCAUGUUGCUGAGGCUCAGAUUCUGCUCAAACGGUGCGAACCAGGAAGUGAAUAUCUACUCGAGCAGUUCAUAUGUGGCUGUGAAAAUCCCAAUCUCUGUGGAGAAGUACUGGCCAGUGUAUCUAAGGUGAUACAGUAAGAUGUGCUUUUCCUUAUUGAUUACUCAUGGCUCAAAAAUGACACUAGCUAUUGUAUACAGAAAAUUACUUCGUAAGUGUCUAUAAAACUAAUUCACGGGUGUUAUAAAUUUAUCAUAGUUCAACUAUU